AUGAUUGUUUCUCAGGAUGAGGAUGAGGUGAAUUUAGUCCGUUGGUUUAAGACUAACUUGGAAAUGAAUAUGGUGGAUGGGAUCCUCGAUCCAUGCCUAAUGAACAAAAUAGCACCAGAAUGUUUGAGGGAAUAUGUGAAUAUUGCAGUGAAUUGCGUGAGAGAUGAGGGGAUCGAACGGCCAACUAUUGAGGAUGUUCUGGGAAGCCUCAAGUGUGCCCUGCAGCUGCAGGAAAAGUGGGAGUAUUCUAAGGAGUUGGGUGAUGAAAUUGACAAAAACAUGGGAAGUGUUGGAGGAAUGAGUUGUGCAAGCUUAGGAGAUUCCGAUUAUCUUUCUUCUAAUCUUCUUCGUUAA